GAAACGCCACCAACCCCAUUAUCAAAUUUAACGAAACCCAUCUUACGAAACCCAUCUUCUCCCUCUCAUUGCAAAAGCUGAAAACCCUUCCAAAAAAAAAGAAUCAAGCUUUCUCUCUUCACCAAGAAUGGCAUCCUCACUUUCUCUCUCUAAGAUCAUCUCAACUCCCACAUCCCGCAACCCAUCAACUCCAACCCACAAAUUUUCUUCAUCUACUUCUCUCUUAUAUUCUUCUUCUUCUUCUUCACUAUAUAAACCUUCUCAUUUCUCUCUUAAAUCAUCUUCUCGCGUAUCACCACGCACUGCAGUUAUCGCAUCUGCUGUGGAAUCUCUCGAUAAAUCCGCCACUGAAGAUGUCACUUUGAUCGAGAAAUCUGUGAAUACAAUCAGAUUCUUGGCGAUCGAUGCUGUCGAAAAGGCAAACUCCGGUCACCCAGGUUUACCAAUGGGUUGUGCUCCCAUGGGUCACAUUUUGUAUGAUGAAGUCAUGCGAUAUAACCCUAAAAAUCCUUAUUGGUUUAACAGGGAUCGUUUUGUUUUGUCCGCGGGUCAUGGAUGUAUGCUUCAAUAUGCACUUCUUCAUUUGGCUGGUUAUGACAGUGUCACUGAAGAAGAUCUGAAGAACUUUCGUCAGUGGGAGAGCAGGACUCCUGGUCAUCCUGAGAAUUUUGAAACUCCUGGGGUUGAAGUCACCACUGGCCCCCUUGGUCAGGGUAUUGCCAAUGCUGUUGGGUUGGCUCUUGCAGAGAAGCACUUGGCUGCUCGAUUUAAUAAGCCAGAUAAUGAGAUUGUUGAUCACUACACGUAUGCUAUUCUUGGUGAUGGUUGUCAAAUGGAAGGUGUUUCCCAAGAAGCUUGCUCACUUGCAGGACACUGGGGACUUGGAAAGCUCAUUGCAUUUUAUGACGAUAACCAUAUUUCUAUUGACGGUAGCACUGAUAUUGCAUUCACUGAAGAUGUUGACAAGCGUUUUGAAGCUCUUGGGUGGCACGUAAUAUGGGUGAAGAAUGGUAAUACUGGCUAUGAUGAGAUUCGUGCUGCGAUUAAAGAAGCUAAGGCGGUCAAGGAUAAACCUACCUUAAUUAAGGUGACGACGACCAUUGGUUAUGGUUCCCCCAACAAAUCAAAUUCUUACAGUGUUCAUGGAAGUGCUUUGGGAGCUAAAGAAGUGGAAGCGACGAGGAGCAAUCUCGGAUGGCCAUAUGAGCCAUUCCAUGUACCAGAAGAUGUUAAGAAACAUUGGAGCCGGCACACCCCUGAGGGAGCUGCUCUUGAAGCGGAAUGGAAUGUCAAGUUUGCCGACUACGAAAAAAAGUACCAGGCCGAAGCUGCAGAAUUGAAGUCCAUCAUUACUGGCGAAUUACCUUCUGACUGGGAGAAGGCACUUCCGACUUAUACCCCAGAGAGCCCUGCUGAUGCUACCAGAAACCUAUCUCAACAAUGCCUGAAUGCUCUUGCCAAAGUUCUUCCUGGUUUCCUUGGUGGUAGUGCUGACCUUGCUUCCUCAAACAUGACGUUGCUGAAGAUGUUCGGAAAUUUUCAGAAAGAUACUCCCGAGGAAAGGAACUUGCGAUUUGGUGUUAGAGAGCAUGGAAUGGGAUCGAUUUGCAAUGGCAUUGCCCUACACAGCCCUGGCUUCAUCCCCUACUGUGCAACUUUCUUUGUUUUUACUGACUACAUGAGAGCCUCUAUAAGGAUGGCUGCCUUGUCCCAGGCUGGGGUCAUCUUUGUCAUGACCCACGACUCUAUUGGGCUUGGAGAAGAUGGACCAACUCAUCAGCCCAUAGAACAUUUGGCAAGUUUCCGGGCCAUGCCAAAUGUGUUGAUGCUUCGUCCAGCAGAUGGAACAGAGACAGCUGGGGCUUACAGAAUUGCAGUUUUGAAGAGGAAGACACCUUCUAUUCUUGCCCUUUCACGUCAAAAGCUUCCACAGCUUCCCGGAACUUCUGUUGAAGGUGUUGAGAAGGGUGGUUACAUCAUUUCUGACAACUCAUCAGGGAACAAACCAGAUGUUAUUUUGAUGGGAACUGGUUCUGAACUAGAGAUUGCUGCCAAAGCUGCAGAUGAUCUUAGAAAGGAAGGAAAGGCUGUUAGAGUUGUGUCAUUCGUAUCAUGGGAGCUGUUUGAAUCUCAACCUGAGUCAUAUAAAGAGAGUGUUUUGCCAGCUGAUGUGAGUGCUAGAGUGAGCAUUGAAGCUGGAUCGACAUUUGGAUGGUUGAAAUAUGUGGGCGGUAAGGGUAAGGCAAUUGGCAUUGAUAGGUUUGGUGCGAGUGCUCCUGCUGGAAAGAUAUAUAAGGAGCUUGGAAUCACAAAAGAGGCUGUGAUUGAAGCUGCUAAAUCACUUUGGUAGACAUUGUCAACCUCCAUGGUUUAUCAAGUCUCUGUAUCCUACUUUUUUUUAUUGUGUCUCCCAUACGGUUUUUCGUAGUUAUUUAAGAAGAGGGGAAAUUUCAGAAUAAGAGGGGUUUGUUUAAGUUUCAUCUCUAGCAAGUAGCAACGGGCAGACGGCAGAGGACAGAGGCGUAUAGAAUUGAGUUUGGGGUCAUAAGAGACCUGAGUUUUAGAUGUACUUGAUAUCUAAGUAAAAUCUUAUCCAGCUUUGUGAACCAUUGUAGUUCAAUUGUUAUUUGCUAAUAAUUAAUUUACGCUCAUGUUCGUCUAA